UACACCGCAGACGAAGUUGGUUGUGUCCGAGAAGAAAGCCAAAUAUGGGAGUGAGUGGGUUGUCUUUGGUUCUGUUAGAGGGAAAUGGAGGGUAUUACGUCAUGGAAUAGAAGGGCGUGGAACGUGAAUAGGUAAGUUUGUUUGCUGAAUAGAACUGUUAUCGUGUUUGUAGGUUGUAUGCAGAGAUAAGCAUUUUGCUGAGAUUUGAGGUAGUCAGUGAAACUUGAAAACUUCACCAAUGCCUGGUAUCAGCAUGUCUUUGGGGAACAUGUUCUGCUCCCGCUGUGGGGAUGGGUUUGAGCCGCAUGAGAAGAUUGUCAACUCAAAUGGGGAAUUAUGGCAUCCACAGUGCUUUGUUUGUGCACAGUGUUUCCGAGCUUUCCCAGAAGGAAUCUUCUAUGAGUUUGAGGGUCGUAAGUACUGCGAACAUGACUUCCAUGUACUGUUUGCACCAUGCUGUGGGAAGUGCGGAGAGUUUGUGAUUGGUCGAGUGAUCAAGGCCAUGAACUCCAACUGGCAUCCACGCUGUUUCCGUUGUGAAAUGUGUGACAAGGAAUUAGCGGAUCUUGGCUUUAUACGCAACCAGGGACGCGCACUGUGCCAUGAGUGCAAUGCCAAGGCGAAAGCUGUUGGCCUUGGAAAAUAUGUGUGCCAUAAGUGCCAUGGGCUCAUUGAUGAUAAGCCAUUGCGUUUUCGAGGUGAGGUGUAUCAUGGCUACCAUUUCAAUUGUACGGCUUGCGGUGUAGAGCUCAAUUCAGAAGCUCGAGAAGUACGCUGCCGUCCUGGAUUUGCAGCCAAUGAGAUGAAUGAGCUGUAUUGUUUGCGCUGUCAUGAUAAGAUGGGCAUUCCCAUUUGUGGUGCUUGUAGACGACCAAUCGAGGAACGUGUGGUUACUGCACUUGGGAAACACUGGCAUGUUGAACAUUUUGUGUGUGCCAAGUGUGAGAAGCCAUUCUUGGGACACCGCCACUAUGAGAAGAAAGGCCUGGCUUACUGUGAGACACAUUACCACCAGCUGUUUGGAAACCUGUGCUUCGUGUGUAAUCAGGUUAUUGCUGGUGACGUUUUCACUGCUUUGAACAAGGCAUGGUGCGUGCACCAUUUUGCCUGCUCUGUGUGUGACCAGAAGAUGAACCAGAAAACCAAGUUCUAUGAGUGUGAUUUGAAGCCAGUGUGCAAGAAAUGCUAUGACAAGUUUCCUAAUGAACUGCGGCGUCGACUGCGCAAAGCACAUGAGCAGACACCAAAGAAAGCAUCUGUUUAGGAGAAUCUGGAAUGAAAAUAAAAGAAAAUAGAGCAAAAUGAUUACAGGUACCAUAUGUUACAAGCAAAUGAAUAAGCAAACAAUCCACAUACCUCCCAGGUUGGCCAUUCUCAUCUGGCGAAUUUUCCGCUCAGCACUUCCACCGGUUGGGAUUCCUUGGCUGUGUGCACAUGACAAAAGCAUGGCUGCCUCCAUGCUCUCUGCCAGUGUUUACUCCAUGCAACAAUACACUCUUAGCUAGGAACUGAGCCAAGGGUCAUGAGUCUAUACUUGCCGCCUUGUACGCCACCCUAACCAAAGUCAAUGUAUGCAGUUAUACAACAUUGUAAAAGGAACCUGUCAUACAAUUGUAGUAUUACAUUGUGAUCCCACAUACUAUCACGCUAUUUCUACAGCGCUCACUUUUCACCAUCAUGCGCGCUAACCAAUCAAAUUGCUUCAAACACUCACAUUUAUACUGCACUCACUGUCUAGUCAUUACGUGGGCUAGCCAAUCAGCGCUCAGCAGAUUUUUGCUCCUCCAUCACACUUUGUAUAAAAAGGCGCAGCUCCAACACAGCAGCACUGGCACGCAUUCAGUCAACAUCAAGCAGCCAGCCUGCACACUUCGCCCAGUCUUCGGAGGCAUCGGCACUUGGCUGCGCCAGGCACAACUGCCUCAGCUGUCCAGCGGUCACACCCGACUCACUAGGCAACUCGGCCGCCUCGAUUAGCCCGCUGUCAUGCCCAACUCACUGGGCAACUGGCAUAGCUACUGCCUCUCCACUCCUGCAACCGCGCUCCACAAGCAAACGUUUUCCAGCAACUGCUGCACUGUGGCUAGGCAACCAACUCAGCUGCCGCAACAGCAUUAGUCCACGCACCGCAACCAACAUCUCUCUUUUCCGGUGUACAUAGCACUACUUCACCUGCCAAACAUCCCAGCAGCCAGCAGUCCUUUUCAGGACCUACAAACUUUUCCGAAGAAGUGGGUUGUCAUUGGAGUAUCCCCACAGUGCUUUAAGAGCUGAAACCUAAAUGUAAGGAUCUGUUGGACAUCGUCCCAUACCAUGUUACACAAAUGAAGUCUCUUUGGCCAUCCUUGUACGUAAUUUUUUCGCUCACCUGAGUGAUCUGCUUGGAAACCGGAAUAGUGUGUUUCCUUUGGCUCAUCCAUAAAUACCUUUAGUCCCUGUAAAACAUGUGUAACAGAAUUUUUGAUUUGGUGAUUAUGCCCCAAAUUCAACUGAAUGCCUUCACAAGAUGGACAUUAAUUGAUAUGUCACACACCCUGUGUGAUUUUGCAUGUUUCACAUUUGCUGAAAGUGUCACAUGAGCCUGUGGUUUGGCUAUGUCCAGGUCAUACGUUUGAAAGUGACAGUUCUUGAACAGUUACUGUGCAGUUUUCUCUAUGGCUAAGUAAUUUUUUUCCCCCCCAAAAAUUCUGGAAAUUUAUAUUAUAUUUCUAAUCUUAAUAUUUGGAUAGUGUGUUAGAAUUAAAAGGCAACAGCAAACUGCCAAAGUAUGCCCAUGAACACCUGUGAGUACACUUUUCAUAUCAAGAGGAAGCGUGUUUAGUCCUCCUUUAGACCAUAUAAAGUAUGAUUGUUUUAAAGCUUGCCAUAAAGUAAAAAUAAGUCAUUUGCAUGCUGUGAGUAUAGUUGCAGUCCUGCAGCAAAUGGUGCGGCUGGCUUUAAGUGUAAUCAUCCUUUCACCUUGAACGGCUAAGGUUAUGUGUACAUGUACUGUGAUUUUCUGCGGAACAUACUAAAACUAUUUGGGUCACUUUUGUUGUGUGAUUUCAAAUUUUGGGUCAUGGACAAAAAGGUCAGGAACCACCAAUGUAGGUAGCAUACUUUGUGUGCUGUUUAUAUAAGUAGAAGACUGGAAAUGACCAGUUUUGCCUGUACUUUCAGCUUGGCAAAUGUUGCAAGUAAUAAUAAUUGACAUGGGGAGAAAUGGGCCCCCAAACACUACACCACACAGCUUAAGUACAGUGAUCAAUCAUGCUGUUUAUAAAAUUAAUGUUUGUUCAACCUAGCAGUGUUAUGAUUCUACAGCUCUGCUUGGUUUUUCAGAUGCAAAAGGAGGAACGAAUCUUGUUAGAUUGGUAAGAUACAAUGAGAGAGUGGUAGAGUUAGUAUGUAUGUAAACUGAUAUUAAUAAUUCAUGUUUAAUUGUUGUAUUUAAGCAUCCUGUUGCAUUACUAUAACUUUCACACACAAUAAUAGAGUUCCGUCAACAACGCAACUAUUUUUAUUCUCUUCCUCUCACUUUCCCUUUCAGAACAUGUUCCAACCCCAACCAGUCAUCAUAAAGUGUCUUUAAUUCUCCAAAACUGUUGCACUGUAUUGAAUGUCACUCAUUCACUUCACAUGUAUCUGCAGUAUUUCAUGAUUUUAAAUGUUGUAAUCACAAUCUGGCUAACAUUAGUUGAAUUACCAUACACUGUAAUUACUUUCUAUUAAAAUUCAUUACAUUCCCCCCCCCCAAAAAAAAUUCUUUUUUACACCUCACUAGGGCAUCGCCCACUUGUCCAGACAGUACAUUUCGAUCCACCAUACAUUGGUGGAGAGAGCGAUAUACAAACAAGGGGCAAAACAUAACCACAACGGUAUAAAUAUCCAAGGCAAGAGAUCAAAAUAAUACUGUCAGGACAAGUGGAUGAUGCCUAGUGAGGUGGAAAAAAGAAAAAAAUGAAUUUUAUCAGAAAGUAAUUACAGCAUAUGGUAACUUAGCUAAUGCUAGUCAGAUUGUGAUUACAACAUUUAAAAUCACUAAAUAUUGCAGUUACAUGGGAAGUGAAUGAUAACAUUCAAUAGAGUAUAUACAGAGUUUGGCAAAUCACCUGAUGAUGGCCAGUUGGGCCAAAAACGUGUUGUGAGAGGGAGAGAAUGAAAACAGUUGCAUCGUUGAUGGAACUGUAUGAUUGUGUGUGACAAUUCACUUUUAAGUUAAUUUGUUUGCUUCUGUUAUUCUUGUGUAAUAUGUGGAAGGACUUCAUUGACUUGAGAGCUACUGUGUAUGGAACAGUAUUUGUAACAAGUCUGUUCAGAGUCUCUGGUCUGAAAAUCUGUUGGCUUCAUACUGGAUCUGUAAAGUUAAUCAGAAUGUUUUGUGUUGCCUUAUAGUUAAUUUUAUUUCAUAGGACUGUUUUAAGUAUUUUUUAUUAACACAUAAUACAGUUAAAUAUUUUAUUAAAUUCAAGGUUGCCUAAGCAGGCCUAAUUAUUUAAUAUGCUUGUAUUUUUUCAGCAGAAAAUUAACUUGAUGGUAUGUAGUCCAUUGCACAAUAAAGGCUUGUAGGGGAA